GAAGGUUAGACGAGCGCCUGCACAGCCCGAACGUGGCCAUGGAGUUGACUAAAGUGACCGUCUCGGCCUUCUUUCUGCUGCUGGUGGCGUUUGGAUCAUCCAGUGCCAAAGUUGAGGAGGAGAACCCAGAGUUCUGGAGGUCACAGGCCCGGAAGACUUUGCAGUCAGCGUUGGACAGGAAGCUCAACACCAAUGUGGCCAAGAACAUCCUGUUUUUCCUCGGAGAUGGAAUGGGAAUCACAACAAUCACUGCGGCUCGUAUCCUCAAGGGACAGCUGAAGAACCAGACAGGAGAGGAGACAGUGAUGACCAUGGACACCUUCCCUAAUGUGGGACUAGCUAAGACCUACAGUGUGGACUUCCAGAUCCCAGACAGUGCAGCCACGGCCACAGCAUAUCUGUGUGGAGUGAAAACUAACCUGAACACCAUCGGAGUCAGUGCAGCAGCUCGCAACGGAGUGUGCAAGACUCAGAAGGGCAACGAGGUCACGUCCAUCCUGAAGUGGGCCAAAGAUGCAGGUAAGUCUGUUGGCAUUGUUACGACCACACGGGUGCAACACGCCACCCCAGCAACCACCUACGCCCACAGCGCCAGCAGGAAGUGGUACAGUGAUGCUGACAUGCCCGACUCUGCCAAGAGGGACGGCUGCACCGACAUCGCCUCCCAGCUCGUCAAAAACACUGACAUAGAUGUGAUCAUUGGAGGUGGCAGGAAGUACAUGACCCCGAAGGGCACCAAGGACCCAGAGUAUCCCAGGGAUUACUCCAGCAGGGGCAAAAGAAAGGACGGACGCAACCUCAUCAAUGAGUGGCAGAGCAUGAAAGUUGGAAAGGUAGCCCGCUACGUGUGGAAUCAAACAGACUUCAGCGCUGUUGACCCUGAAACCACAGACUACCUCAUGGCUCUGUUUGAACCUGGUGAUCUGCGCUUUGAGGCAGAGAGGGACCCAAAGAUGGACCCGUCCAUCGUCGAGACCACAGAAAAGGCCAUUCGCAUCCUCCAGAAAAACCCGAAAGGCUUCUUCCUGUUAGUGGAGGGUGGGCGUAUCGACCAGGCUCACCACGCCGGCCGGGCGUACAUGGCGCUACAUGAGGCAGUUGCUUUCGACUACGCCAUCGCUAAGGGACUUGAGCUCACCAAAGAGCAUGAGACUCUCACCAUAGUGAUGGCUGACCAUUCCCACCCUAUCUCCUUCAAUGGAUACCCAUUCCGUGGGCAGAGCAUUCUGGGUAAAUCUCCGCUGUGGGCGUCAGACGUGUUGCCUUACACCACACUGAUGUAUGGAAACGGACCUGGACACAAAAUCACCAACGGCAAGCGUCCGGACAUCCGCGAUGUCAACACCAAAACUAAAGACUACGUCCAGCUGGCUGCCGUCCCCACAGAAUCGGCCACCCACAGCGGGGAGGAUGUGGCAGUGCUCGCCCGCGGACCCAUGGCCCACCUCUUCCAGGGUGUCCAUGAGCAGAACUACAUUGCCCACGCCAUGGGCUAUGCUGCUUGCGUGGGCGCUGACCUGAGGCACUGCCAGGGGCAAACUGAAGCACCUGCGGUUCACACCACCUUCACCGACAACAGGAACGGAGCCGUGGCAGCUCGUGGCUCAGCCGCUCUGCUCAGUAGCCUUCUCAGCGUGCUGCUGGCACUUACAGUACUGAUGUAGGUUGGCUGUUCCUGGUGAUCCCUAUUGAUCGCACUCCACUUUUCACAUCAGGGAGGUCAGAGGUCAGGGGCAUAGAGGCGUGAGCAGGGAUGGAGGUGAACCCUUGAACCAGGGUUAUGUUGCCUGUAGCAGAGCAUCUUGUUAAGACAGAAUUCAGUCAUUAGAGGCCACAUACUAAAAUAUAGAGUUUUCCUGGUUUUACAAAGGCAGAAAAAACUAACUGUCUAGGUUUAGAUACAGAAUGUGCUGAUGAAAGAAAAUGACCUCCAACACUACAUUAAAAAACCUACUGAAUGUAA